AUGGAAGAAGAAAAUGAGACAUUAACAACAGAUUUUAUUCUCUCAGGACUCUUCCCCAAUAUGAAAUAUGUCAGUAUUCUUAUUUACAUUAUCAUCUUAAUAUAUCUUGCCACAGUAACCGGAAACUUCUUCCUGCUCCUCCUGAUAUGGAUGGACUUGAGUCUCCACACUCCAAUGUACUUUCUGCUUAGCCAGCUUUCUCUCAUAGACUUGGCCCUCAUCAGCAGCACUGUUCCAAAGAUGAUGGUAAACUUUUUCUCUGGAAGGAAAGACAUCACUCAGGUAGCCUGUGGAACCCAGGUAUUUUUCUUUUUUACUCUUGGGGGUGCUGAAUGUAUCCUCUUGACUCUCAUGGCCUAUGACCGAUAUGUAGCUGUCUGUAACCCCUUGAGAUAUGCAGUCAUUAUAAACCAUGGGGUCUGUCUGCAAAUGGUCAUAGUGUCUUGGACUGGGGGAAUUUUAGCUUCCACAGCCCACACAUUCUAUACUAUGAGCCUGCCUAUCUGUGGCUCCAGAGAAAUCCACCAUUUCUUCUGUGAGAUGCCAGCAAUCAUGAAGAUCUCAUGCAAAGACACUUCUAUCUAUGAAGUGGUGGUCUUUGUGAUGGGCAUUUGUUUCAUCAUCAUCCCUUUUGGAUUUAUUAUGGCUUCCUACAUGCUCAUCUUCCACACAGUCCUUCAUAUGAAAUCCCCCCAAGGCAGGAGCAAAGCCUUGGCCAUCUGCUUCUCCCAUCUUACAGUGGUAAGCUUUUAUCUAGGACCAUGUGUUUAUAUGUACAUGACACCUGGUUCUUCUCAUACCCCUAAUCAGGAGCAGGCUGUGUCAGUAUUUUGCACUGUGCUCACACCCAUGCUCAACCCAUUCAUCUAUAGCUUGAGAAACAAAGAUGUUCUGAGGGCUUUUCAGAAGGUCCUGAGGAAGCAUCCAGUCUUUAAAUGGACCACAUAAAUAUCAAGGUGGAAAACAGUUAUCUAGAGGGUCAAGAACAAAGACUUCAAGAGCAUCUCAGUGGCAUUUUCAAGCAUGAGGAACUUUGCUGUAGCCCCAUACACAAACCAUACUGUUGAAUUCAAUUGACAAUAUUAAUUCAAUAAUAGUACAUAAGGGGCUUUUUCUCAGUUUUUAAUAACUUGUUAUCAAAAUAGAUCAAUCCGGUUGCUAUUAAUCAAAUCAGUUCAUAAGCACAGACAAAUUUCCAAUCUUCUCUUCUUAAACAUGAAAUAUUUAGACAUUUUUAAGUGUCCUUGAGGCUCAGCUUUAUCUGGUAUUAUUGGUAAUUCAAGUCUUGUUAAUUUCCAUUGUUAGAAGUACAAAGUU